AUGUCUUCACUUUCACAACUCUUUAUACCCCGAAACCGCAAAGUGGAAUUUGAUGUGGAAUUUAUAAUUCAUGAAUUGACCAACAUUCCUGCAAUAUCUGGUUUAUACUAUGUAAAAUGGAGGUUGAAAAAUGGGAAUAAGCGACGAGAUGUAACUCGAAGAGUGGAAAUAAAAGACCACUCAGUUAUAUGGGAUUACAAACUGCAGAAUUCUACAAAGCUUAUUAUUGGAAAAGACGGAUUUUUGAUGCCAUGCGAACUGCGCCUUACAGAAUUGAAUGGCGGCAAAGAAAUCAAUAAUGUUGGGAAGUUAUCGCUUAACAUUUCCGAGUAUGUCGGAUUGAAUACUGUGACUAGACGGUAUUUACUACAAGAUAGUAAAAUAAAUUCGACCCUCAAAUUAACAAUUAACAUGAAACAAACCUUUGGAGAUGUGGUAUAUAAAGUGCCCGUUCUCAAAAAAACGCAAAUAUUUGGAGGCCUUGCAGGAAUAAUAUCUGAACAAGCGGAACAAGAUGACGAUAGAUCAAUUCGGGGAUUAAGCCCAAAUUUCGGAUCACACUAUAUGGAUCGUUCGCGAUCGUUAACUUCUCUCCGAUCCGAGUAUCAAUCGACUCAAGCUGCACCAGUCGUACCAUCUAUGGUAACCAACUCUAUUGUUACAAGGGUUGGGAGGAUUGGAAACAAAUCUCACACUGAUGUAGUUGAAGAGAUCUUCAUGGGCACGACAGUUUUUGAUGAUGAGGAUAAUCGAUCAGUGCAUACUACUGCUAAUUAG